UCAUAUGUUCAAAAUCAUCAUAAUCCAGACACUCAAUCAAACCUAAUGAAACAUGACAAAAGGGUAAAGUUCCAAGUUGCAUUCCUCCAACACUGAGGGACACACCAUGAGAGAGAGAGAGAGAGAGAGAGAGAGAGAGAGAGAGAGAGAGAGAGCAAAGCUGGCAACAAAGGCAAUCAAUCUGAUGCCUUAAAUACAAAAAAACUAGGCAUCUUUGAAUGCUAUAUGUUCAAGGCCUCUUGUACCAAAAACAAACAUUCUCAACUUAAUUUAUUCUCAAUUUUCAACCAUGGCAGAAGAGAAUGCCGAGCCAGUUUACAGCUCCCUCGAGCCGACAGACAAGAAAAAGGGAGGAUUCACCGCCUCCAGCUUCAUUUUCGUGUUGCUGGCAUUGGACAACAUGGGAUUCGUUGCGAACAUGAGCAGCUUGGUGCUGUACUUUCUGUACAUGAUGCAUUUGGAUCUGGCGCACUCCGCCAACCUUCUCACAAACUUCAUGGGAUCAAAUUAUCUCCUCUCCCUCGUCGGAGGCUUCAUUUCUGACACAUACUUGAGCAGAUUCACAACUUGCCUGAUUUUUGGCGCAGUUGAAAUACUGGCUUUGGUGAUGAUGACAAUUCAAGCUUACUCAAAGCAUUUGCACCCAAAAGAAACUUGCUUGACAAAGUGUGUCGAAGGCCGUAUCGCUGUCAUGCUCUAUGCAUCCCUGUGCUUGUUAGCUCUGGGAACAGGUGGCGUGAGGGGAGCACUGCCCGCACUUGGUGCUGAUCAGUUUAACCGGAAGGAGGAAGCAAAAUCACUCGCAACAUUUUUCAACUGGCUUUUGCUUAGUACUACAGUUGGAUCAAUUAUUGGCGUCACCGCCAUUGUGACCAUUAGCACUGAAGUAGCUUGGUACUGGGGUUUCUUUAUAUGCACGGCUGGAGCAUUUAUCGGGUUCGCUGUUCUUGCGAUGGGCAAACCUUUCUAUCGCCUGCAAAUCCCCGGCGACAGCCCCAUCAUUAGAAUCAUUCAGGUUAUUGUUGUCGCUAUAAAAAAUAGAAGUUUACUGCAGCCGGUGAGCUCUCAUGAAUUGUAUGAGAUCAGUGAAAAUGACCUAAAGUAUACUGAAGAGAAAAUUGCACAUACAGAUCAAUUCAGUUGUCUAGACAAAGCUGCCAUACUUGGCAAAGACUCCAAGCCCCAACCCUGGAAAGUUUGCACCGUUACACAAGUGGAAGAAGUGAAGGUCCUAACAAGAAUGCUGCCAAUUUUCUUCAGCACCAUCAUCAUGAACACUUGUUUAGCACAGCUCCAAACAUUUUCAGUCCAACAAGGAAGCAUCAUGGACCGCCACUUAGGCCGCAUUGAGGUUCCGGCACCAUCAAUCCCCGUCAUCCCUCUCCUCUUCAUGUCCAUCCUCAUCCCGCUCUACGAGUUCUUCUUCAUCCCCUUUGCGCGAAAAAUCACAAAGCACCCGUCAGGCAUCACGCAGCUUCAGCGCGUCGGCGUUGGACUAGUCCUCUGCGCAAUCUCAAUGGCAGUAGCCGGCAUAGUAGAAGUAAAGAGAAAGAACCAAGCCAACAAGGACUUCACAAAGCCGAUAUCUCUCUUCUGGCUUUCUUUCCAAUACGCUAUUUUCGGUAUUGCUGACAUGUUUACCCUAGUAGGGUUACUUGAAUUCUUCUACAAGGAAGCUCCUGUGGGCAUGAAAUCGCUCUCCACCUCGUUCACUUUUCUGUCACUUUCUUUAGGGUACUUCUUGAGCUCGAUUUUCGUUGACGUGAUCAAUGUUGUGACCAGUAGGAUUACUCCGAGCAAACUAGGAUGGCUGCAUGGCAAGGACCUAAACAAAAACAAUUUGCAGCUAUUUUACUAUUUCUUGGCAAUCCUUAGCUGCAUCAACUUUGUGAACUAUGUCUACUGGGCUUCAUGGUACAAGUACAAAGCAGACGAGGCAGAUCCAAAGCUGCAGCUCAAAUCUUUGCACCAGACACCUGCCAUUCACAAUGAUUCAAGUGUUGUUCAAGAAAGUGGAAGCAAGACUAAUGAAGCUGCUGCCUCCACUGAGGAAAAUACAGAAGAAAAGGUGGCAACUUUAUGAAGCCCAAUUUAAAAGGGAAAAAACAGAAAAGAAAGAAAGGGAGAGAUAGAUCAUAUAUAAUUCACCAAGGGGAGGAAUUAUAAGGAUAAUUAAUGGGUUUAUUUUCUCUAUUUUUAUCUUCUUUUUCUUUUUUUGUGUGUGUGUGUGUGUGUUUUUUCUUGGAAUUGUAAGAUAUAGUGUGUUUCGGACAUUGAAUGUGUGAAUUUUCUGUUUAAUAAGUUUUUCUACCACCUUUUCAUGAAUAAAGAAAAGUGAAUUUGUCUUGCAAAAA